AUGACUAUGAACGCUGUUGGUGGUCCUGUUGAGCCCGAGACUGUACCCUCAUCGCCCACUGAGCCCUUAACUCCCAGAGAUGAAGACGAAGAAACCGUAACACAGUGGCUUAACAAUAAAUACAUACGGUACGACCUCGAGGAUGGCACAGACGCAUGGAUCACUAUGGAAGAGUUCCUGAAUAUUGUUCACACAGAUUUCCCAGAAUGUUAUAUGCCCGACCAGACACUGGUCCUCUCUCUUGAAUUAUCGGCGAGGAAGUGGAAUCGCUCGAACACCGUAAUCAUAUCUGACGUACACGCACAAAAACUUUACCAACUCGGAAUCGGAACAUAUACACGUGCAGAAGUGCUCGAAAUGUGCGCUACCUUACAGCCAACGUUAUUGAACCUGGACAAACGGUGGAUCAUCAUACCAUGCAGCGAUGGGAUACUGGACUUGGCGAACGUUGGUGAAAGCUCCAACAAGAAUAAUCUAACUGACGACGAACCUACUGUCCCAUCAUCAAAAAAGCCCUCACGUAGGCCAGCAGUUAGUAAAGAACCCAUAUUGAACAAGAGCCUGUUAAAUGGAUCACAGGAUCUAGGACAGUGUGAUGAUGAGAAGAAAGAGAAGAAAGAAAAGAAGAAAAGCUGCAAGAAGAAGGGGAACAGCAAGAAGGAGAGCAGCAAGGAGCCUAAGGGUCCAGUGCAGCACGGUACACACUGGGGACUUCUCAUCAUAGACAAGACACAGAAAGUUGCACGAUGGGUCGACAGUAUCAUCACUCUGGAACAAAGAUCAGACAAACCCAAAAAGCUAAAGUUUGGGCAUAUGCAUCCCACAGCAAUUGCUGCAGGCAGAGUUCUUUGUGGUAUUGAUACUUUACUCGGCGAAGACCAUGGCUUUUCUAAGGGCGGGUUCACAACGAGUACUCUCAAGUACGUUCCACAGCAAGCAACAGAUAACUCUUACUCCGGGAACGACGGUGGGCCCUGCGGACCCUUCAUGUUCGCCUUCUUAGAGCACAUCUUCGAGCGAGCUACAACACUGGACCAGAUUGGCCUCCGCAAGAUGUUUCCAAGGAGUGAACGGGGUCAACUUCGGUUUGAUUCCAUGCUUGCUCGCCGGGAGCUGCGCAGACUCAUCCAACAAGAAGCUGAACGGCCCGGCGUGGUACCUUUCCAGCUCUCUCCAGACUUACUUCGCAUUCUCAAUGUCCUGCCUGUUGAGCAGCUACAACGUUCUGUUGAUGCAUAUCGGGACAAAGCAGCUACACCUAUUCUGCCUGACACAAAACGACUUUCGGGAGUACCACGCAACUUUAAGCCGGAUUCAAACUUCAUGGCUGCAUUUAGGCAAGACAAAAUUGACAAUCCCGACAUCUACAAAAGCGUCGGGGAUGUAGAAGCACAGGCACUAUUCUAUUCAUUGCAGCAAUCAAAACUUGCAUCACAUGCAGGUGAAGCAGGAGCAAACGGUUCGGGACCAGAGAGCCAAGACUCUAACAAGACCAUCAGAGAUCCUACUGCAGAUAUAUAUCUGGGUCGACAGCGAUACUGCAACGUCCCACUAGACGACAAAACCAUCUGGCCAGCACAUGAGAAAUGCACCGAAGGCUGGCCAAGAAGUGUGAAGGAACUGCCAGACUUUACCGAAGAGCUCAAGAAAGGAUCGAUAGGAGCAUGGGUCAGGAAACACCCCAAGAUUCGAGAGCACAAGGAGACAGACAAGAAGCAUUCGGAUGCCACAUCUUGCGCUAUGCUACACUUGAAGUAUAAGAAGACCUUCUUAGGAGAACCAGACGAUAACUUCGAGGCUGUCUGGUCCAAUGACGAAACUGUCUUCAAUCCGCAUGACCCGCGUUUGGUCGCCAUCAAGAACCUUCAGGAUGAUAGAUUGAGAAAUGGGGAAAUAAGAUUAAUGAUGAUGCAGCAUUACGAGACUGAUAGGUUGACCGGUCUUUUGGCAUAUCUCGCAAGGUACAAGCCGAAAGCGCCUGGUUUAGGCAGUAGCAACAACAACGACAAAGACAGUGACGAUGACGAUGACGGUGGCGGUGAUAAUGAUGAGCCUCAAGAUAGUGGAAUCGACAAGUCGGGCAAAAGCAACGGCAGUGAUGACGAUAACCGCAGUGGCGCUGGUCAGAGCGAAGAUGAAAAUGGCGGUGCUCCUCCCGACCCAGAUCAGAAUGGAUCUGGGCUAGAUGGUAACAACACUGACUCCAACGAGUCCAUUGACGGCAACACCAGCGGAUGGGAUCAGCCCACCGCGAAACCUGUUGGUCUCCAAGACUUUCGUACCAUGUUCGAAGUCGAUCUCGCCGAGUUCCAAACGCCCGACAAACUGGCGGACCCCAGACUUCACCAGCAAAAUGUCAACACUGUCUCUUGGAGAGCCUUUUUGUUCGUCACGGAGCAAGGUGAAAAUUUUGGUGAAGAGAACGAUCACAACUGCACCGAACUCUGGUUAAGAGAUACAGUUGUGUUCAGCGACGAGGAACGAGAAGCGGACUGGGAAGGACUUACCGGUGUGAUUCGCUCGAGAAUGGAGGCACACUACUGCCGUGACACGUCACCGAGUCCAACUCCUCGUGCGGAUCAGAUCUAUCUUACGGAUGAAUUCAUGGAGGUGGAUUCUAAUAGCUCUCUGAGCUCAGCACCCAGCGAGUGGUCAGGUAAAUCAAAAGAUAGUUCGAACGACUUGGGUACUGCUUCCCCCAAACGGAAGCGCGAAGAAGAAGACGGCAAUUAUGAGGACGCUUCUUCGAACAAGAGUAAAAAGCAUAGUAAAUCGGGAUUCGGAGUACCCGCACGUACACCGACUGACAGCAUGGCCAAGCUUCCUGAGCAAACAAGUAACAACAGAAAAAGCCCCAGCUGGAGCGAAUCAACCAAAGACAAGUUGUCUUCCCGCAACGCACAGCAUCGGCAAGCUAUGGGUGGAAUGAAAGCUCUCCAAGAUGCUGCAAAGACUAUCCAGGCUUCAGCUGACGGCCUGGAGAGCUUGAAAUUUCCGGCUCUCGCAGUCUCGACGACACAUGCCUCUGAAGAGGAAAAUGCCGGUGAUAGAUUCUCUGAGACUUAUAGAAGAACUAGGUCGACUAGAUCUAGCGCGGGGUCUUCUUCUGCAGCUGGCGGCGGAGAUGAUAGUAGUGGAUCUGAGUCAUUGUCUAAAUUUCUUAGGUUAUCUGAUGCUCCUGAUUCUGAUGAGUCUGGUCAUACAUUAGAUUCCUCUACGUCUUCUUCUGGGUCAGAAGAUUCGGACUCUGGCGGUGGUAACAUAUCCGACUGCAGCAGAAAGCACCAUCGCGAAUCUGAAGAUGAUGACACGGAGAAUGAAAUCGGUGCCGCGAAGAGACCUAAGACAAGUCGUCUGCCUUCUUCGGGAAGAUCUAGAGCAAAGGCUGAUUCAAACAACAGUCAUAUAGACGAUUCAGACUACGAAACGAUUGCAGAUGAGCAAAUUCUCGAUCCUCAGAUCAGCUUGUCUUUCGAAAGUGAAGCAACAGUUGAAGACCCAAUAAUCGAGAUCUACAUCGGUCAAGAGCUUUACAUCCUUAAUCUCGAAGACACAUCCCUCUUCCUCCCUUGGGACACCACCAAACAAGAUUGGCCCAACAACGUAACCAAACUUCCAGACUUCGCCCACAUGGACGCAUUGGAUUUCAAGCUCUGGUACCAAGCAAGCCCCGAGCUAAAAUUGAAAGCAACGAUACAUAAUGACAGAGUGAACCUCGUCACAUACCGUGCUGCACUGCACAUGAAGUUCAAGAAAACAUUCCUGCACGAGCAAGACGCAAACUUCAGCACCGUAUGGAUCAACGACACUACUGUUUUCGACGCAGCAACAGUCCAGCGAUUACAAGCGAUCGAAGACCCCGGACUCAGAAACGGCGAGGUCCGGUUUCGCAUCAUGACCGCCUACGAACCAGCAAUGCUGCAGAGACUCCACGACUUGCCCAAACCUGUUCCGAAACUCACUGUCCAGGUGGGGUCUUUUGAAGACCCAGAGUCCUUCAAAUCUGAUACCACGUUUGUUCAGAUGUCCAGAAAACCUGAUGCGCACUCGGACCCGACGUUGCUGUUGCCUGAAGCAACAAGGGCUACAAAACGACCAUGA